CAAGUCAAAUGGACGCAUGUACUUUUUGAAAAAGAUUUUGUUGAUAAACUUAACAAUAAAGUUAUCGGUUCCUCACGGAAAAGAGUUUCCGAGGAAAGCUGAAUACGCGGGUAGCUAACAGUAAUUAGUGGUAUGCAUCGCUGAAGAACAAAGCCGCGUCCUCCGGAAGGCUUUCAGUCGGCCACAUCUCGCAAUCACAUUAAGCGGUCAUUGCUGCAGCCUGCGGAGCUCCAGACGCUAGUGAAAGUCGGGCUCGUGUGGAGCCGUAGAGAAAAUGCGUUUGAAGUGAAUUUUGUGCUGAAGUGAAGUGGUUUAAAUGGAUAACGUAAACUUUGACGCGAGCGGCGAGGACAUUGAGCGGGCGCUCAUGGACCUGGGCCCGCUGCUCGGCGUCGCGAUCAAAGAGGAGGUGCCGGACGAGCUCGCCGCGCCCGCGGUGCCAGCCGCUCCGCCCAGCGUGGUGAGCGCCUGCGAUGGCGCCGAAGGCGAACGUCCCGGCGCCGACUCUGCCGAGCGCGCGGACUCGCUGGCCUCGCCCCGCGCCGGCGCAGCCCUAUCCGCCGCGCGCUGCGCGCUAUGCAGCACAGCGCUGGCGCUUGCACACGGCACACCGAAACUUAUGGAGUGCUUGCACUCGGCCUGCGAGUCGUGCAUCAAUGCUAAGAUUGAGGAGAAGCAGGCUUCGAGGGACUUUUGCGGUGGCGACCGCAUCACAGUGCAGUGCCCGGUGUGCCGACUGCAGUGCCAGCCCGCCAACAUGAUCGACCAGCGCUUCGUGCUUGAGAAGAUGUGUCCUGACACGCCGCCCGCAGCAGCGGAGCGCGACCAGCACUGCAGCAGCUGCGAAGAGCCGGAACCAGCCACCAGCUACUGCACGGACUGCGCAGAGUUCAUCUGUGACAGCUGCGUUCAAGCCCACCAACGGUUAAAGAUCACAAAAGACCACACAAUCAAAAGCAAGGAGGAAGCGAUACAAGAGCAGCAGGCCUCCCAGCCCGCCGCUCACGAUAUGUUUUGUACGGAGCACCCACAGGAGCGGCUCAGCCUAUUCUGCGAAACGUGCGACCGGCUGACAUGUCGCGACUGCCAGCUGCAGCAUCACCGAGACCAUAAGUACCAGUUCAGCACGGAGAUGGCCCAGCAGGCUCGAGCGCACAUAGCGUCCCUCCUAUCAGAAGUUUCCUACAAACGCGUCCUCCUCGGGUCCGCCAUGAAGGUGAUCCGCGAGAGACAAGUGCUCAUCGCCGACAAGAAGAAGGCGCUAGUGCACGAGAUCACGCAGACCGUCGUCAAAUUAACGAAUGCAAUCAACACACGGGGCAAGCAGCUGGUACUGCGGCUGAACGAAGUGUGUGACGGCAAGCAACGUACUCUCAGCGAGAAGAAAGAUGCUUUGGAACAACUUGCUAACAUCACUGACCACUGUGUGGAGUUUGUCAGCGCUGCGCUACAGCAGGGUAGCGACACUGCAGUGCUAUACAGCAAGCGUGCCGUAUGCGCGCACUUACAACGCAUCAAGAGUCGACGCGCAGAUAUACCCAACCCUGAGAUCCCGGUCCGCAUCGCGUUGGCGUUGGAUAAGCUGCCCGAUCUCGUUAAAGUCCUAUCAUCGAUCGGCGCCAUCGUGGUGGACGGUAAGGUGGACGGCGGCGGCGCGGCGGCGCAGGGCCCCUACCACCCGCCCGCGCCGCAGCCGCCAGCUGUCGCCCCCGCCCCCGCCCCCGCGCCCGCCGCCGUCAGCGCCGCGCUGCACCACGCCGCCGCCAUGCAGCAGACAUUGGCUCGGUACCAGUCGUACGCGAACGCGGGUAUGGGCGGCGUGGGCGGCUACAUGUCGGCCCUGGCGUCGCUCCGCACCCGGCCGCACGGCGCGCACGCCGCGCACGCGCUGCAGCAACACACGCCGCUGCGGCACGCGCACGUCACGUCCACCACACACCCGCACCACCUGCACGGUAUGAGCGAGCUGAAUCUCCGCGGCCUGCUGAACCAGGGUUCUGGGCGCGGAGCGGCGCGGUCACCGCUGCAGCCACACCCCGCCAUGCACCAUUAUCAGCAGAUAAUGGGCGCGUACGCGAACAGCGCGUACGCGGCGGCGGCCGCGGCCGGCGGCGGCGGGCGGCGCUCGGGCGGGCCGCGCACGCCGUCGCCCGCGCCGCACGCGCCGCCGCACACGCCGCCCGCGCCGCCCGCACAGCUCGCCCUGUCCGCCAUGCCCGCUCAACCUGCUAAAUGGCACAUACCGCAGCAGGGACUCGUUAAUGGUGGAUUCGACAUGUCGUCCAUGUCUCACGGCGCAGGCUCGCCGGCCGGCGCGGGCGCAGACUUCAAGAUCACGCUCGGGCGCGCGCGUGCCGCCCCGCCCUCCGCCGUCACCUCCACCAACCCCAAAACACCGAGCCCGAGUCUCAACGGUGGCGCCGGCGUCGAACUAGACAAAGUAUGCGCGGAAUCCGUACAAGACUUGAUGGCUACCAUCGCCAAACUGGACUCCAACGGUGUCCAAGUUCUGCCUGAGCAACCGCGCGCUGAGCCCGCCGUGCAUUCCUCCACGGACACUGCCGGCGGCACAGUAGCGCCGACGGCAGCGGCGCCCGCCGCCACCAGCGGCGACCCCAACGAGGACUGGUGCGCCGUGUGCAUGGACGGCGGCGAGCUCAUGUGCUGCGACAAGUGCCCCAAGGUGUUCCACCAGUACUGCCACAUACCCACCAUCGAGAAAUUGCCCGACGAGACUGAGACGUGGCAAUGCCUCCUCUGCGUGAACUUCGCCGAACUGCCCGAAGAGCCGCGCGCCCCCGGCGAAACCAUAUCGCCGCGAGAGCAGAAACUCAUGGAGCGAGUCACGCUCGAGUUGUACUGCCAGUACGAGUCCAGCCUGCCCUUCCGCGAGCCCGUGCCGCAGCACAACCACGAGUACCACAGCAAGAUCUCUCGGCCGAUGUGCCUGGACAUGAUCAGAAUGAAGUUACAGCCGCGGUCGCCGACGCGCUACGCGCAUGUGGCGCACUUCGUGGCGGACGUGCGGCUCAUGUUCCGCAACGCGCGCCUCUACAACCCGCCGGAAUCACAGAUCCACAAGGACGCCAUCCGCUUGGAGCAGUUCUUCGACAUAUCUCUCGAGAAGUGGCUCCCUACGUACGCGUACUGGAGCGGCGAGGGCUCCCCGCCCGCCAAGCGCGCGCGGACCGACUGACCCGCGCCCGCCGCCGCGCCCGCGCCCGCGCCCGCCGCCGCCUGUGCGCCGCUGUACGCGCUGCUGGCCGCCGCGCGCGCGCCGGACCCUUACCUACCACACUAAAUGCUGGACACCUACACUAGAGGUGGAAAAUUAAAACUUUCAUUCUUAAAAAUGUGCCAGGACUGACUAACCCGCGCCACUAUACGCGGAUUUAAUGGCUCCGACUCCCGGCGCGAGCGCCGGACUCUUACCUACUAUAAAAUUAUGGAAAAUCAGCGAUGUUUUUGCCGCUUUUCACAUAAUAGAUGGACAUGUCAUAAUCAUAUAGCAAUUAUUAAGCACGUUUUAUGGCCUAGUAGUACGUUGCUUCUGGAAAGUUAUGUAUGAAAAUAUUGGCAUAAUUAAUGGAAGAUUUUUUUUGG